AGUCUUUAGCCUCCUUUUCCCCCCACACCCUCAGCCCCACUAGACCAAGCCUGGCCCAGCCUGCGCUCUGCGAUGGGCAUGCGCACGCAAUGGCUCCACAGGGCCUUUGCGGAUUCGGCCUCCCAGGAGCAGGGGGCGAGCCAGGCAACAGGGGCCGCCACGCGCCUGUGCCUGAGCUCGGGCAGCAGAUGUGGCCUCCCACCAGCAGGGGGCGGAAUACAGUUUAUCCCUUCCGGAUAGCGUCUGUGAUUGACAACACAAGAUAGCGGAAGCACUGAGUCGCGGCUUCCGGCGACGGUGAAGCGCAUAGACGGCUCGUCUCCCUGAGCAGUAGGGAGCGCGUGUGGUGACGCCACCCGGGCGCGCCGCUUGCGGGGUGUCCUGUCCUCGAGAAGGUCGCGUUUCCGGUGCUGGGCCGUCUCGGGGCUCGGGAUGUCUGGCUACACCCCCGACGAGAAGCUGCGGCUGCAGCAGCUGCGCGUCCUGCGGCGCCGCUGGCUCAAGGACCAGGAGCUGAGUCCGCGCGAGCCCGUCCUGCCCCCGCCGAAACUCGGGCCGGUGGCCAGGUUCUGGGAGCGUUUCCUGCAGCCGGGCUCCUUCUGGCGGCUGCAGACUUUCAAGGUGUACAAAGCUGGUGUAUUUACUGUAAGUUGGAUACUUAUUCCUGCCUGGGUUGUUCACUACUAUGUCAAAUACCAUGUAAUGAAAAUGCCAUAUGGUGUUAUUACAGUGAAGCCCAAAGUAUUCCCAGGUGACAGAAUUCUAGAGACAGGAGAAAUAAUCCUACCAAUCGAAGAAGAGCCUACUGGUCAUCACUGAAGGUUAUAAACUCUAGCUUUGUUCCUAUAAAAAUGUGUUAAAUAUCUCCAGAUAUGUAUAUAAAACAAUAAAGUCACUUUCAAGAGA